AUGGAGGACUCCGACACGUAUUUUAUGUCGAAACAUCUUUACAAUAAGCCUAUCUGGAAGAUUUACUUAGUAUCUGUGCACAUUGGAGUGAGCAAUUUGAUCGGCUCCAGUUCUUUUGAAUUUGAAGAUUUUGGAAUUUUAGACAGAGUAAUUCGAUGCAUACUAUUGCUGUGUGGAAAGGGUUACAUAAUUUAUCUCAUUGUAACGAUUCUGCAACUCUUGGAAUCUUCGGCUGAGCCAGAACUCAAGUAUCAACGCAUCAUGCAUCAAGUAAAGGAGUACAUUCAUCAGAAAAGGCUUCCGCGACAUUUACAAGACAAGUUGAUCUCCUAUUACGAAUAUCGUUACCAAGGCAGUUUUUUCAAAGAGAGCAUUAUAUCUGACACUCUUUCAAAUCACUUGAACCGAGAAAUUCUACUCCACAGCAGCCGAAGAUUGUUGAACAAUGUGAUUCUUCGCAACUUGACCCAUAACGUCCUUGGCGACUUGAUGAGUUUAUUAAGACUGGUAAUAUAUCUCGAGGAAGAUGUAAUUUAUAAGGCCGGCACCGAGGGCGACUGUAUGUAUUUCAUAGCCAAUGGAACCGUCGUAUUGAUCACAUUCUCGGGAAAGGAGAUAUGCCACUUACAUGACGGCGACCACUUUGGCGAAACUGUUCUUAUUUAUCCUGAUCGGAGUAGAACGGAAUCAGUGAUCGCCUUGGAGAUGUGCGAGUUGCUUUGUUUGGAUCGUCACGACUUCAAAUGCCUUUUUCCUCCAAAAUCAGAAUUCUACAUCAACUUGAAACAAGUCACCCAAGAACGUUUGCAGAAAAUCGAAAAAUUGAACGAACCGGGCUUCAGUAAGACAAAAACGACAUAA